GAGCACAGCAGAGGCCUGUCAGCAAUUAUGGGGGCUAAUAAAGUGGAGUGGGGGCUCAUUGGGAAGGGGCUGGGAUUAUGCUGCCAGUACAGGGGCUUAUAAGGAAGGCCUAGGCCAGUGAUGAGGCAGAGAAGGAGUGAGUCAUAGGCUUCCAGAGAGAGGCUGUGGCAGACAGCAUGACACCAAGGAGGACGAUCAGGGUGAUGAAUCGCCCCCCACCCCGGUACUUCUGAGGCCCUUACCCUAGAGGCCUGGUGGGAAACAGAGGCGAGGUGGACCCGUCCGGACGUAUACAUAAUUGUCACUUCUUUCUCAGGGAGCAAAGCACUUAGUGCCCAUCCUGUCAUCCCGUUCUCUUUCUCUCCUGCUUGCCGGGGUGGUGGGGGAAAAUAAAAAAUUAGAGUGGGAAGAGGGAAUGCCCUGUGUGACUUUGCUGUUUGGCAGGCUGACAAGCUUGGGCUGGGAAGUGGCAGCAUCCCUGCUGCCGGGCAACUGCUGGGUUGGAUCGGAGACAGGAGUGACAAGGCAAAUGCUCGGAGAGACGGCCAAUGAGAAGCUCCACAGGCAUGGAGUGGGCGUGAUCCCAGACAGGUGGUAUCAAGAAGGGGACAUUCCAGAUCCUGUUGGCAUAUGUCUCUCCAAAAAAAAAAAAAAAAAAAAAAAGCCAGCCAGCCAGCUGUCCCCUAGGACAAACAGCACCUCCUCAUUCUGAGGACUAUGACAUCUAUACCCCACCUCUGGCAGAUGUAUAAAUAGAGAGACUGAAGGGGCCACACAUGGAAACGUCGGAACCUGGGUGCAGGGAACAGCCAUGAACCUUGAGAUGCCUUUGUUUCUUUGUAUUCUACUCAUACCCCUGAUCACCAGUGAGCAAUAUGCCAAUGGAGUGAACGUCAGCAUCACUGUCCUGAGCAGAACUGAGAGAACAAGCCCUUUAGUGAGUCUAGGCCCAAGCAAAGAAGAUGGCAAAAUACUGAUCCUGAAUAGAAAAAAGCGUGAUGCUUUUGACAGUACAACCCUGAAAUGGGUUCGCUUCCAAGGAUCUAUCCCUAGUGGAGCUGUGUCUUUCUGGAACAGUUAUGCUCGUAGGACUGAAUACCCCUGUACCACAUCCGGCUGCGAUGCUGGAUUCUAUAAUCCAGGCCGCGGUUCGGCCUGUUUCUACCCUUAUGGAAACAAAGAAUUACAGAGCUCUUAUUUUUCGCUUUUGGUGAAUGAAAAUGAUCUGGAGUUGUUGCAAUGGCAAAGUGAUUCAUGGGGUGGUGUUCCAUCCAAUUCUGUAGGUACCUGCCCAGGAGGCAACAUUUAUGUAGGGAGAAAUAAAUAUGGCAUUGGGAAGGUUGACCGCCAUAACAAAGCUUUCUUUAUAGGUAUUAAUGGUAAAGAGUCAUGGUAUAAACACUAUGAUGUCCUGAUUGUUAAAAAAAACUACCGUUCUCAGAAAAUCGAGAAUGUCAGGUACAAGAGGGAUCAGGAGACAUACAGCAAUGAGGAUAUUACCUUAAUCAGCAGUAAAAUCACCAACAAUGACUGUAGAACAGUGAAGAAGUCAACGACCUUAUCAAAAACAGUAACAUUCGAAUAUCGCUGGGAUAUUAGCAGUUCUGUCUCCGUGAGUGUGAGCACUAAGAUGACAGCAGGGAUUCCGGGAGUCUUUGGGGCAGAAUGGAGUAUUUCUGCAGAGCAAACUUUUGGCUGGAGUAAAGGUUCCACACAGAGCAGUUCCAACACUAUCACUGAAACAGUUGAAGUUUCUGUCCCACCCAACCAGAUCUGUGAACUGUCAAUGGAAGGCAAAAGAAUGAGAGCAAAUAUCCCCUUCACUGCUAGAGUAACUCGCUACUAUAAUGAUGGCACGGAACGAAGUGCCACAGUCCAAGGUGUCAGCAGAAAUGUGGUUGUAGCACAAGUACAUGUCAUUGUAAAACGGUGUCAACCCAUCCCGAAUGCACCUCCAUGCAGGUUUAUGUAAUUGACAUUCAGCCACGUACAGCUGAAAUCAAGAAGAGAAAAAAGCGCAUUUGGGGCAUUUAUUUCAAUUAACUUUGGGAUCAGUCAAUAACCUGGUUCUAGCAACCCAAUAAACCAUGGUUUAGCGGAAUGGGGACAUGGCUUGAAGUCCCUGAACUCAUGUGCUUCCUCUUCUCUUUUUCACAAUGGCACAAAAUUCUGAAGUCAGCAUCCUGACAUCAGCUGUUAAUUUAAACAGCUCCAUGUCUAAUCUGAAUCUCAUCAGGAUGCUGGUGGUAUGUGUGUGUGUGUGUGGGACAAGGGAGCAUUCAUGUUCAGGGACCUCAAGCCGUGUUCCUGAUCCAACAAACCAUGGUUUUCUGGAUCAUCUAGACCAGUCCCAUGUAUUACAGCAAUUUUUCUUAUGCUCAGAAAUAAAACCUGUAGCUUUUGCUCAGAUCUUCCUCUCCUUCUCCUUUUUUGUGUAUGUGUCCAAUGAUUCUUCUGAACUUUCUGACCAGAUGAUGAUUUCUACUUUGUCUUAAUCUGGAAAUUUCUUUUUCAGUCUGAAAAAUCCGAAUACAAUUAAUCAGCAAAAGUUCCCAAUAAAGUUUUAAUAUUAUUUGGUGAAGUUAUAAGCAAAUUUUAAUGAGUGAGGCUGUGAGCUGACUGAUAGAUCAAUUUACUUGUUGCAUUUAGUUUUGUUUGGGUGAGUUAUUGUAACUGGGAAUUUAGCAAUAUUAAAGAUAACCAUUUGCUUCUAAUCAUGAA